AUGUCGGGCGUGGCUACGCGCGGCUCGCGCGUCGUCUUUGUGGGCAACAUCCCCUAUGACAUGAGCGAGGAGCAGCUCAUCGCCGUGUUCGCCGAGGUGGGCAAGGUCGUCGGCUUCCGGCUGGUCUUCGACCGGAAUACAGGCAAGGCCAAGGGAUACGGCUUCUGCGAAUUUGAGGAUGCCGAGACGGCGGCGUCGGCUGUGCGCAACCUGAACGACGUCGACGUCGGCGGGCGGUGUCUGCGCAUCGACCGCGCGGAGGAGGACCCGCUGUUCGAGGGGCGGACCACACAGAUGGGCCAGAUGGACGAGGCGCUGCCGCCACGAGGUGCUCGCGGGCCGCGAGCAUUUGGGCCCGGCGCACGGGGCGGCUUCGGAGGCGCGCCGCCGGGAGCGACCGAUGGCGGAUGGGGCAACCGCGGGGGACCAGGCGGACCAGGGGCGCCGCUAGCACAGCUGCCGCCGAACCUGCCGCCGGGCCAGAACCUGCCACCGGGCGCCGACCCGACUGAUGCGAUCUCGCAGACGCUGGCCAGUCUGCCGCCGGGCAAGCUGCUGGACGUGAUGGCGCAGAUGAAGGCCCUCGUGACGAACUCUCCCGACCAGGCCCGUGCUCUCCUCACGGGCAACCCACAGGUCGCGUAUGCUCUGUUCCAGGCAAUGUUGAUGAUGAACGUCGUCGACCCGGCCAUCCUUCAGCGCAUCAUUGGCGCACAGGCCGGCGCAGGCUCCGCACCGGCACCGCCGCCGCAACAGCAGCCGCCCAUGCCGAUGCCACCACAGCAGGCACCGCAGUACAGCGGCGGCCCGCCGCAGGGCUACGGUGGGCCGCCGCAAGGCUACGGCGCUCCCAUGCACGGCCAAGCACCCGGCCCGCCGCCGCCGCCGCCGCCGGCCGCAGCGCCUGCGCCGGCGCUGGGACAGGCCAACCUGCCGGAGGACCAACGAGCACUCUUGAUGCAGGUGCUGCAGCUCACGCCCGAGCAGAUCAAUGCGCUGCCCGAGAGCCAACGACAGGGCGUGCUGGCGCUCAAGGCGCAGAUGGGACAGUAG